AUGGGGAAUCACUUACCAACACUAGCACAACGUCAAUCAAUCAAUCUAGAUGAUGAUAAUAGGGAGAACAAUGAUUCAAAUAUUGAUGACGAUAAUGACCAUUUUAAUGACCCAAAUGACAACUUAAAUGAAAUGUUUCAUGAUUUAGAGACUAAUAUUGGUGCGGAUGAUCAAGAAAAAUUACAACAACUCUUUGAAGAAGAAGGAAAACUGUUGUAUCCCGGUUGUGAAAAACUUUCGAAACUUAAUGCUGUGUUGAAGUUGUUUCAUUUAAAGUCAAAAAACGGAUGGAGUGAUAAAAGUUUCACAAAUUUAUUAGUGCUUUUGCACGACAUGCUUCCCGAAGGUAAUGAGUUACCGCUUUCGACAUACCGAGCAAAAAAGUUGAUGUGUCCUAUGGGAUUAGAAAUUGAAAGAAUACAUGCAUGUCCAAAUGAUUGUAUGUUAUAUAGAAAUGAGUUCGAGAAUGAACAUAAAUGUUUUAGAUGUAAUGCAUCAAGGUAUAAACGUAAAAAAGAAACCGAUGAAGUUGAUGAUGAUGUGACAAAAAAUGGGCCACCGGCUAAAAUGUUGUGGUAUUUUCCCAUCAUACCGAGAUUGAAACGUCUGUUUUCAAACGAAAAAGAGGCAAAACUAUUACGUUGGCAUUCAGAUGAGCGUGUAAAUGAUGGAAAAUUAAGACACGUGGCAGAUUCACCUCAGUGGAGAAACAUUGAUAACAUGUAUCCAGAAUUUGGAGAAGAGAUUAGAAACAUACGGUUUGGACUUAGUUCAGACGGAAUCAAUCCUUUCGGCAGCAUGAGUAGUCUCCGUAGUACUUGGCCGGUUCUUUUAUGUAUCUACAAUCUUCCACCGUGGUUAGCCAUGAAACGAAAAUACAUUAUGAUGUCUUUGUUGAUUCAGGGUCCGAAACAACCUGGUAAUGAUAUUGAUGUUUAUUUGUCUCCUUUAAUUGAAGACUUAAAAACUCUAUGGAGUUCAGGUGUAGAUAUGUAUGAUGCUUACAAGAAAGAACAAUUUAAAUUGCGGGCCAUGAUUUUUUGCACCAUAAGUGAUUUUCCUGCGUACGGUAACUUGUCAGGGUACAAGACGAAAGUUCAGUAUAUUUAA